ACUUUCACUAAACCCCAUCCCCUUCCUCUCGCCCAUGCUCCUCCGGUGAGCAGCGGCGGCGGCGACGGCGAGGUCUAGACUCUGGAGACGUGUGGCUGUCGAAAUGAAUCAACUGAGUGCCUCCGCAAUGCUCUCCCGCGCAGCCUCUCUCCGCCGCGCCGCGGCGGCGGCCUUCUCCACCGCCGCGGCGAGGCCGGAGACCGGGCUGUACGGCUUCGAUGUGCUGCGCACGGCCAAGGGCUUCCGCCGCUUCGUCGACGACGCCAUCGAGAGGUCGGACGAGCUCGUGGCCUACAUCGGGCAGCUGCCGCCGUCCGCGGAGAUUGUCCGCGCCAUGGAUGAGAUAUCGAACACUGUCUGCUCAGUUAUUGAUUCGGCAGAGCUGUGCAGGAAUACGCACCCAGAUAAGGAAUUUAUGGAUGAGGCAGAUAAGGCAUCAAUGAGGAUUUAUGAACAUCUUCAAUAUCUGAAUACCAAUACUACUUUGUACAAUGCAAUACUUAAAGCUGAGAGCGAAGGUGUCAUGCUCACAGAGGAAGCUCGAAGGGCAGCCACCACCUUGCGUGUUGACUUUGAGAAAGGGGGAAUUCAUCUUCCUAAAGAUAAACUCGAACAUGUUAAUCAUCUGAACCUUGAGAUUGCCCAGCUGGGUCGAAAGUUCAGUGAAAAUGUUAUGAACAAACCAGGUUUUGUGGAUAUAUAUCCAGCUUCGCGCAUUCCAAGAAAUAUGCAACGCCAUUUUAAAUCCAUUCACCGUAUUAAACCUUGGGGCGAUGAGGAACAAAGAAAUCAAAUGGACACUACAAAGCAAAAGGGUCUAAGGAUAGUCACUGAUUCAGGAACUCUAUCAACAGCACUGAGAUGGGUCUCAGAUGAGGAAAUCAGGAAACAGGUAUACCUGGUAGGAAACUCUGAACCUCGUGAAAACAUUACAGUUCUUGGCAAGCUUAUAAAUGCACGUGACGAGCUUGCGAAGACUAUGGGAUGCAAAUCAUAUGGUGAUUUUGCUAUUCGUCCUAACAUGGCUGCAUCUGUAGAUGUCGUGAUGUCAUUUCUCAAAGAUUUGAGUGGCGUGGUUAGGCAUAAAGCUGGUGAGGAAUUUAAACGUAUACAGGACUUCAAGAGAAAUGUAUGCAAUGAAAAGAGUGCUAAACUUGAACCCUGGGAUGAGGAUUACUUCAUUGGAAUGAUGAAAUCAGCUGUACAUAACCUGGAUGUCUCAGUGGUUGCAGCAUACUUUCCAUUGUCCCAGUGCCUAAAGGGCUUAAACGUGCUGGUGGAAUCAUUAUUUGGUGCCACAUUUCAUCAAAUUCCUAUGGGGGACGGCGAGUCAUGGCAUCCAGAUGUGAUGAAGUUGUCUCUCCAUCAUCCUGAUGAGGGCAAUUUAGGAUUUAUGUAUCUUGAUCUGUACUCCAGAAAGGGUAAAUAUCCAGGGUGUGCUCACUUUGCUAUCAGAGGGGGGCGACGAUUGCAAGACUCAAAUUACCAGCUUCCAAUCGUUGCUCUAGUUUGCAAUUUUUCAAGUUCGAGCAAAAUAAUGGCAAGGCUUAACCAUUGGGAUGUUGAAACUCUGUUUCAUGAGUUUGGCCAUGCCCUUCAUUCUCUACUCUCAAGAACGGAGUAUCAACAUUUCUCUGGUACUAGAGUUGCUCUUGAUGUGGCUGAAAUGCCAUCAAACCUCUUUGAGUUUUAUGCAUGGGAUUAUCGUGUCUUGAGGAAAUUUGCUGUAGAUGAAACAACUGGUGAUCCAAUACCAGAAAAGUUGGUAAAGGCACUUAAUGCUUCUCGGAACAUGUUUCCAGCAACGGAGCUGCAGCGUCAGAUUUUCUAUUCUAUAAUGGACUUGACUUUGUUUGGGGAGCAAGGAUCCAAGCCAAUGGACACAAUUUCUACUGUAGCUGAUUUGAGGAGAAAGCAUACAAGUUGGAAAUGUGUAGAAGGCACACACUGGCAUACUAGAUUUACUCAUCUGAUAAAUUAUGGCGCUGGCUACUAUAGUUAUCUUUAUGCUAGAUGUUUUGCCACAACUAUAUGGCAAGAAGUAUGCCAAGGUGAUCCAUUAUCCCGCAGCACGGGUAGUGCACUUAGGGACAAAUUUUUGAAGCAUGGUGGAGCUAAGGAUCCUUCUGCCCUGUUAAAGGAUUUCGUAGGUGAUUCCAUUAUUAUAAACUCUGGAGGAGGAAUAAUCCCUGACAUUAGCUCCUUGUGUAAAGAAGUCGGUUUGUGAAAUACCAUUGGGAGUGGAGAUUGGGAUCAUUAUUUUUGACAUUGAGAUGGGUUAAAGGGUCAAAGACUCAUGAUAUCAUGAGUCAGGAGCUUGAUCUGCCACAGGGCUGCAGGAUCUAGUUGAAGGUCAAGCUGAAAAAAAUAAUAGUAGAUUCUUGACAAAGAACUGAUGAAUUGGUUCUCAAUACAGGAUUGCAGGUUAGAUUAGUUGGGUGGAUCCUGUUUGACCAUUGCUGAAUCUUCGAUUUUAACUUGCUGCUGCUGCUGCUGCAAGGGUGGUUUAGUUCCCUGUCAGAUGAUUUUUCGCAUUUACUCCGAUUGUUCGGAACUGUUGUUCCAAAGCUACAAAGUGGCUGUGCCUGUAAUAUUGACCCAGGUUAAUCUUCAUAGCCCAUCACAUGUAAUAGUUCUCUAAAGUGAUUAUAAGAGUGAGAGAUGUGCCCAUAUGAUCUUUUUUGCAUU